AUGUUCGUCAUUGUCGCCGCUUGCACUCCCCUCGCUGCAUGCGCCACAGAGUCGCCGGGAGUGGAAUACGAGCAGCUUCCUUCCAACCCUGCCGCCAGGGCUUUGAACGAACUUUCCGAUUAUGCCCAGAGCGCCGGGCAGAAGGUCAAGGAACGGGCGGAGGAAACAGGACAGACAAUGGAGAGUCAAGCGAAGAAAGCAGGAGAGGUCCUGUCUGAAAGGGUGGAAGAGACGCGCAAGGGGGUCGCGGAUCAGGCCAAAGAAACGGUCAAGGCAGCAGGCGAACAGGCGGAGGAGUUGCGGGGAGCGGCAGGCAGGCGCGCGGAGGAAUUGAAAGAGGCUGCUGGAAGGCGCGCGGAGGAACUCGGGGAGACUGCAGGCCAGCGCGCGGAGGAAUUGCGCGAGGCGGCUGGCAGGCGCGCGGAGGAGCUCGGGGGGGCGAUUACGGAGCAGGCAGAAGGGGCCAUGGAGAAAACGCGGCAAGGCCUCGGUGCAGCGGAAAAGAAGGCGGAGGAAAUUCUCGAGGAGGCGCGCGGGAGGGUGGAAGGGCAGGCGCGAAAAGGGGUUUCCGCCGCGCAGGAGAACGCGGAUUCAGCUGCUGGAUAUGUGAAGGAAGGGAUUGAGCAGGUGAAGGAGGAGGCGCGGGAGAGGGCGAGGGGGGUGCAGAAGGCGAGGCAGGAGGCUGGAAAGACAGCGGAGAGGGUCAAAGGGAGAGUGGAGGAGGGGGUAGAGGGAGCGAUGGGGAGAGCUGAGAGGGGCGUGGAUGAGGCGCGGAAGGGGAUGGUGGAAUCUGCGGAGCGUGCAGGGCAGAGGGUGAGGGAGGGCGGAGAGAGGGUGAAGGAGAGUGGGGAGAGAGUGAAGGAGAGUGGAGAGGCGUAG